UGUUUUCAACAAUUUUAUUAACUUAUUUACUAUCAAUUAAUACACUGUAUAUAAAAAAUAGUUCACUAGUACCGUAAUAGUUACGAGUACAAAUUCUUUAAUAUGUUAAAAGCUGUGAUACUGAUUGGGGGGCCGCAAAAAGGCACCCGUUUCCGACCUCUGUCACUCGACACUCCCAAACCACUGUUCCCCAUUGCUGGAGUGCCAUUAAUCCAACAUCACAUUGAGGCAUGUGCAAAAUUAGAAGAAUGCAAGGAAAUAUUAAUCAUUGGAUCAUACACAAGUGCUCAUAUGUCACAGUUUUUGAGCGACAUGCAGAAAGAAUUCCAUGUUAUUAUCAGAUAUUUACAAGAAUUCGCACCUCUGGGCACUGGAGGAGCUCUCUAUCACUUUAGGGAUCAAAUCCGAGCCGGCAAUCCCUCUGCAUUCUUCUUGCUGAAUGGAGAUGUUUGCGCUGAUUUCGGCCUGAAGGAGUUAUGGAAAUUCCAUAGUGAAAGAUCAGAUGCUCUUUUGACAAUAAUGGGCACUGAGGCCACACGGCAGCAGUCAGUCCACUACGGCUGCAUGGUCUGCGACCCGACCACGAGGGCUGUCACUCAUUACGUCGAGAAGCCUAACAGUUAUGUGUCCACGCUCAUUAAUUGCGGUGUCUACGUGUGUUCACUACAAGUAUUCCAUACUAUGGCUGAUGCUUUUCAGAAGAAACAGGAUGGAUUUUACAGUGGUACCAACGGCAACAGUAGCCCACACCCGGGGUACAUGUCGUGGGAACAAGAUGUACUCGCGCCGCUGGCUGGCACGAAGAAACUAUAUGCAAUGCAGGUGACAAGUUGGUGGUCGCAAGUAAAAACAGCCGGCUCCGCUAUAUACGCCAACCGUCACUAUUUGGAGUUGCAUCGUAAGCGGCUCAGCAUCCCCGCUCCGUGCCAGAUACUGCCAGAUGUCUUCAUCCAUCCCACAGCUAUCGUCGAUAGCACUGCCGUGAUAGGUCCGAAUGUGUCAAUCGGCGCUGGAGUUAUAAUAAAAGCGGGCGUCAGGAUCAAGGAGUCAAUAGUACUGAACAACGCCACCAUUAACGAGCAUGCUCUGGUUAUGUAUUCUGUUGUGGGUCAAGAUGCAUCUGUAGGCGAGUGGUCACGCGUUGAGGGAACGCCUUCAGACCCCGAUCCCAACAAACCAUUCGCCAAGAUGGACAACACGCCUCUAUUUAACUCUGAUGGAAGACUCAACCCUUCUAUCACUAUAUUAGGUGCCAGUGUAAUAGUUCCAGCGGAGACCAUCCUGUUAAAUUCAAUAGUAUUGCCACAUAAACAUCUCACCAGAAGCUUCAAGCAUGAAAUAAUAUUAUAGUGUUAAUGACAUUUGUUCCAUUCUUUUUCAUCCGCAUGUAAGUU